CACGCCUACCAAUAUAAACGAGUUUACAGUACACGUAUAACAUAAGUGUGGCGUAGUGCAACACAAUAUAAUAAUGGGACAAGUUUGUUCCAAUUUCGGUGAUCACUUAAAACUGACUUUUUAAGUUUAAGAUUCCAUUCAACCGGGCGUGUGUUACAAAUUUUCACGCUCUCUUUUGCUCAAUAGGCGUUUGUUAUCAUACGAAAGGUGGACUUGCUCGGUAUAAUAGGAAAAUGUUCUUCAAUAUGGACAAAUCAUGAUAGAAUUACGAUAGAAAUACCAAUUAAGUUAUGAAUAGAAUAAGUACGAUAUGUAUGGCGUGAUAUUGAAAUUUAACUUCGAUGAAAUACUUAAAGGCAGUCAAAAUCAUGGCUGUCUUGUAUGUAUUGCGAUUUUUAUAGUUGAAAUUUGGAUUUUAAAAUCAAUAUAUAGAUACCUUUGGUCGAUAUUGAGAAUUGAAUGCUGUGUGCGGAAUAAAAACAGUUCGGAUUUAUGCGAUCACAUCUACAAUUCUCUCAAGAUAUAAUGCAACGACAUUCAAGAACACGAAAGUAAAGACUACUUAUUUGCGAGUAACUUCAUUUUCUGAGUUUACAAAAAUGUCAAAAGCAAGUAACUCCGGAGUGGAGAAAAGCACAAACAGGUUGAAUGUUGAAGUACAAAGACUGUCCUCUUUUAAGACAGUAAAACGUCCAGUUAUUAAGAAGAGAAAUGAAGAUAAAGGUUUCAAAUAUUUUCCGGACCUAGUAAACCAAAACAUAAUGGAUUGACUUUAGACGUUUUGCAAUCAUUGACGCCAUUUAAAAAUGGCGUCAAUUUAGUGACCAAGAGUCACGUGAUCUGUUGCUGAACUGCAUAACACUACACCCAAGUGUUCACGAAGUAUUUUUUCCGGAAGUGACGAAAGAUCCCCGAAUAACCGACGAAGAUUUACGGGGAUUUCCGAUUCACAGCCUGACGGCUGCAGUCAUUUGCGAGGCCAUUUCAAAAGGAGAGGAUCCGUACAAGUUUUACUGUAUGAUCGAAAAGAAUAACUUGGAAAAUGUGCUGACUGAACUGUACACUAGUGUACAUUGGAAGAAAUAGGGGUUCUCCAUGUACUGCACUCUGUACUCGUCCGUAGUGAGAGACGCACGGACGAACAUCAGUUUGCAAGACUUCAUUGACGAUGAUGGGCCGGAGUGGGCGGAGCGUAUAAUUGAGCGCAUGACGGAGCCCUCUUGGACGAUGGGAUGGGUGCAGAAAAUAGUCCGCGGUCAUGUGACAGAGGAGGAAUACAACAUGGCGAUGAACACACUGUUCGUCAAAUUGCACAUGUUGGACCCGCAGUCUGUCAUUCCGACCUUUCAUCUGCUGAAUCACAUCCGAGCUCUCCCGGAGUGCAACCUAGAGCUGGCCACCCGGGACUACCUCGGAGGCCCACUGGACGCUGCGGAACUCAGCGCGCAUGCGCGGACGGCCGUAACAACGGAGACCAUGCCUAGCAACGGCGCCUCGCGCAUGAGCCUCGACAAGAUCGAUGUUUUUUACGGCAUUGACGUCGAGGAGUUUAUAAUGACGGAAGGAACGGGCGACGUCCAGACAAUAAAAGAACUAGUGACCUCCUGGAUUGAUGCAGCGUCAUGUAAUCUCGUGAUCACAUUUGGCGGUUUUCGGCUCUCGUCGAAAAAAUGCGCUUGCAUCCAGAUGUCGCAUCCGGAAAAAGCUCGCAUACCCUAUGGACUAAGCAUCAAUUGUUCGUCUGUGACAACGAAAUGAACAAACGCAUGCGUUAGUUGUGACGAUGUUACAAAUACGUUUCGUUGAUUCGAAUGUUCUAUCUAUUGACGUCGAGGUCUGGAGGAAUUUAUACAAUUACACAUGUGUUUAGAUUUUGUGGGAGAAAAUAGCCAGUGUGCUUCCGUAUUGAAUGUUAUAUUGUUCAUUCGACUUAUUUUGUACCAAAUUCAUCAUGUGUGUCUUCUGUGAAUGUUGUAAUUGUUAAGCGUACAUUUUUGGUCUGAACAAAUGCGAAUAAUGCGGUAUCGAUGUAUAAGUUCUGCUUUUCACACAUUUUUGAAUGUAUGACAAGUAUUGAUAAAACAGUUCGUGUGUUAUACGUAACGCUUUAAUAUCAUACAUCAAUGACAAGCGAUAUUUACACGUGUUCGCUUCAACGCUUGUUAAUUAUGGUAGAUCUAAUAAGUCACAGGCUUAUCAGGGACGACAUGUUCCGCCAAAACUGGAUUCUCGCUAAGAAGAGACUUUCUUUAAACGAAAAAUACCAUAAAAGCGGAGACUGUCGUCCCUGAUUUGCAUGUUAACAUGCAUUAAACCCAGUUUUCCCAAAACGCUGCUCGUAUUAUUCUUUUUAUCGCAUAAUGUUCAAAGUUGUGCCUUUGUUAUUAUUAUUAAUGGUUGCUAAAUAUGUUAAUAUUUGAAUAUAUAAUUUAAUAUGUUGUAUAUGUAAAUAUAUUUGUAUAUAUGUAACAUAAAAUAACAUGUAAAUAUGUUUGAAUAUGUUAUAUGUAAUACAAAAAG